AUGAGGCAUAUGCAAAAUCAGCUCAAUUUCGAUCUCUGGUAUAUUUUCCUCGGGAUCUUCUGCAUCUGUAUUGCUGAGGCCGGAAAGAUCGCAGAUACGGAUGAACCAGCAUUCAGUGUCUGGACCGUCUUCUUCGAGGCCACAUCUGCCUAUGGAAAUGUUGGGUUGAGCCUCGGUCACCCAACCGUGGCAACCUCGCUUUGCGGUAUAUUCACCAUUUUCAGCAAGCUCGUGAUCUGCGCCAUGAUGAUCCGCGGGCGCCACCGCGGUCUUCCGUAUGCCCUAGACAGAGCCAUCAUGUUGCCAGAUCAACCAUUACUCGAUCUCGAACCUGAAGAUGAAAAAACGGUCUAA